AUGAGUGGUCGAGCCAGGAAAGGUGGAAUGGCAAGAGGAAGACCACCAAGGGAAGCCCAGAGUGGUAUGCCUGUUGAGGGUCAGCAAUAUGGUACUAGGAGGUCUAGGUAUCGACAAUGGCGGCAAGCUCCAGAACUGGCUCCAGAACCAUCUUCAGAAUCGGCUCCAGAACCAGUUCCUGUUUCAGAUCCAACCCCAAUUCCAGUUCUAGAAGUGACUCAGGCAGCAACAUUGACUCAGGCACAAGGUGGAGCAGAAACUUUGACUUUGCCACCACCAGCAGCAGCUAGGGCAUUAACUUGGUCAGAAAGGGUGGCUCAAUCACUAGGACGGGCUCGGACACCAGCACAGGCUCGGGCACCCAUACGCAUGCUACCACCACCAACACCAAUUGUAGUAUCAACACCAGCAGCUCAAGCCUCCACACGGGCACCAGCAGCUCGCGCCUCCACACGGGCACCAGCAGCUCGAGCCUCCACACCGGCACCAGCAGCUCGAGCCUCCACACCGGCACCAGCAGCUCGAGCCUCCACACGGGCACCAGCAGCUCGAGCCUCCACACCGGCACCAGCAGCAGCUCGAGCCUCCACACCGGCAGCAGCAGCUCGAGCCUCCAUACUGGCACCAUCAAGUGAGCUUGUUAGGCAUGAAGAACCAAGAGGAGCAGAAGGAGGAGCUGAAGAGGGAGCAAGUGCAUUUCCAGAAGGUCAAGUUUCAGCAAGAUCAAAGGAGCCAUCACAGAAGAAACAAUCUAGUAGAAAGAAUUUCCAUGAUGUUGGUGUGAAUACUAGGGAAAAACUACAUCAUUUCAUAGAGUGCAAAAGAGGUACUUCAGGGACUGUAGUCCACUUGAAGACAAAUCAUUUCCGGCUGACAUCUCUUCCCCAGUGGGCACUGUACCAGUACCAUGUUGACUUCAACCCACAGAUGGAUUCCAAAAGACUCCGUUCAGUUUUACUUGACACACACAGACAACUCCUAGGAAAACGUUAUUCUUUUGAUGGUACAAUAUUAUUUUCAUGCCAUAAGCUACAAAAGAAGGUUACUGAAGUAUUUAGUCAGACACACAGUGGAGAGAAUGUGAGGAUAACUAUCACUUUAACAAAUGAACUUCUACCUAAUUCAUCAGCUUGCUUACAGUUUUACAAUAUUAUUUUCAAAAGACUUUUGAAUAUAAUGAAGCUUGUACAAAUUGGGCGCAAUUUUUAUGACAUUUACAACGGGACAGAAGACUUGAGAGAUUUAGGGUUGAGUAUUUGUCCAGGUUUCAUUACCUCUAUCCUUCAGUAUGAGAAAGACAUUAUGCUGUGUACUGAUGUAAUUCAUAAAGUCGUCCGAAAUGAUACUGUCUUAGACCUCAUAAAGAAAUUUCAGAAAUCUCCAAGAACCACUUUCCAAGAAGCCAUUUGGAAGGAAAUAGCAGGACAAAUUGUUUAUACCAAACACAACAAUAGGACAUACAGAGUUGAUGGUAUUGACUGGAAACAGACUCCACAAAGCACCUUUAAAAAAGAUGGCUCUGAUAUCAGCUUCUUAGACUACUAUAGAAAGCAAUAUAGGACAAGGAUCACAGACUUGGAGCAGCCAGUCCUGGUCAGCUUGCCUAAGCGGAAAAAGGCUGAUGGGACAGAUCCAAGCCCUGCCCUGCUCAUGCCUGAGCUCUGUAACCUCACGGGUCUAACACGCUCAAUGCGAAGGAAUAAUAGGAUCACCAAGGGCAUAGCUAAUUGUACAAGGUUGUCACCUGAAAGAAGACACAGUGAACUCCGAAAACUAAUUGACAAUAUUCACAGAAAUGCUGAUGUCCAGAGAGAGCUUCAGGAAUGGGGGUUAGACUUUGAAAAACAAUCAUUAUCUCUCACUGGAAGAGUUUUGCCAGUCCAGAAACUCAAUGAAGGCAGCAGAGGUACAUCUAUCCAGUGUACAGAGUGGUCAAAAGAAAUCAAAAGAGUACAGUUAAAUAAUCCUAAACCACUGACUAAUUGGCUACUUGUCUUUAAUAAAGAAAAUUCAAGUCAGGCGGAACUCCUACAGAAGGAACUACACUUAACUGCACGCGAGCUAGGCAUAAACUGGAAGGAUCCUGUUACGAUAUCAGAUAUACCAUAUGAAAUCAAUAAGUAUCUGGAAGUCUUAAAGGAGAAUAUUACAAAACAGACUCAGAUUGUCGUUUGUCUGCUGCCCAAUAAUAAAAAAGAAAAAUAUGAUGCUAUAAAACGUCUCCUAUGUGUAGAUUUCCCAGUUCCAAGUCAGUGCAUAGUAGCUGAAACCUUAAACAAACCCCAUAUUCUCCUGGCAGUUGCUAACAAGUUGGUUCUGCAAAUGAAUUGCAAGAUGGGAGGUCAUCUUUGGAAAGUUUCUAUCCCUUUCAAAGAUGCUAUGUUCAUUGGUAUUGAUUGUUAUCAUGACAUCUCAUCAGGACAUCAAUCAGCUGCAGGAUUUGUUGCUAGCCUGGAUGCAUCAUUGACUAAGUGGUAUUCUCACUGUGUCCUUCAUAAAGCAGGGCAGGAACUUCUAGAUGGUCUCAGUGGUUUUUUAGAAACGGCAUUGGAAGCCUGGAAGGAGAAUAAUAAACAAUCCACAUUACCUAAAUUUAUUUUCGUGUAUCGGGAUGGCAUAGGAGAUGGUCAACUUGAAACUAUGGUGAAUUAUGAAGUACCUCAGAUAUUGAAUUGCCUAAAUUCUCUUCCUAAUUAUUCUUACAAACUUGUAAUCAUUGUGGUGAAGAAACGAGUGAAUACCAGAUUUUUUGCAGAGAAUAAUGGAAACCUCAUAAAUCCAAAGGCUGGGACAGUCAUUGAUGUGGAGGUUACCAGACCAGAAUGGUAUGACUUCUUUAUCAUAAGUCAGUCUGCAAAGGCAGGUAGUGUGACACCGACACAUUAUAAUGUGGUCUUUGAUAAUACUAACCUGAAACCUGACCAAAUACAGUGCUUAACUUAUAAGCUGUGCUACAUGUAUUAUAACUGGACUGGUGUGAUUCGAGUUCCAGCUCCAUGCCAAUAUGCCCACAAACUGGCUUUCCUGGUCGGCCAGAAUGUUCGUAAAACUCCCAGUAAGGACCUGUCAGAUCGUCUUUAUUUCCUUUGAAUAGCAGACCCUCCAGACUUCAUUCACAGAUGGAAAUUUUCAAAAGAAUCUUGGAAUCAACUUUACA